AAAGAUUUAUUUUUAAAAUAAAUAAAUAAAGGCGUUGAACAGAUGCACUGCAUUCGAUUUCGUUUUUGGACCACGGUGGUGGCAGAUCAGCUGCCAAAGCAAAGAAUAGAGAUAUUGAGUUUUAGUUUGAGUGUGAGAGGAUGAUGCGAUACAAAGAGGAAAAAGAAGCAAAGAAGGAAGCUUUUAGAAAAUAUCUGGAAACAAGUGGAGCUGUCGACGCUCUCACCAAAGUUCUGGUUUCUUUGUACGAGCAAAACGACAAGCCUUCUUCUGCCGUCGAGUUCAUUCAACAGAAAUUAAGCUGUCCUUCCAUCUCAGAAUAUGAAAAGUUGCAAGCCGAAUUCUCCGAUCUGCAAAUCAAAUACAAUGACCUCUUAGCUGCACACCAGAAAACCUGCAAAGAGUUAGAAGAAAUGAAAAACUCGCAUGCCUUGGCAACGGCAUCUACCAAGGAAACAACUGAUAGUGAAUCUCCUAAAGAUGGGCUCUAAAGCUUCUGCAUUGAAACUUGCAAUUCUUGGAGGUCCAUACAGGUGUAUUUAACCUGGUUUGCAAUUUUUCCAAUGUUUUUUUUUUCAGUGGAGGUGGUGACUACUGAUUGUGAAUAAUACUUCUGGGAAUUUGGAUUUUAACCAAAAACAAUGGUAUCAUGUAAUUCAUGUAUUUGACAUCACCUGGGAUAAAAUCAUCAUGUUUGUUGUUGGGGAGUGACUAUUGGUUGAUUAUGGUAAUGUUUUGUUUUGUUUUGUUCACUGUUCUGUCUUUGAUGGAUUCUGUUGUAACUUGUAAUCACCUCUUCCUUUUACUUAAGCUGUGAUUUAUAUUGGUAAAAUGGUGUUGAUUUCUUAUCAAGUUAUUCUGAUAUGUAACAGAAUUGCAAUGGAAUGGAUUUUCAAUGA